AUGAAGCUACUCUCUAAGAAAGCCACGUGCAACUCACAUGGGCAAGACUCUUCAUACUUCCUAGGAUGGCAGGAGUACGAGAAGAACCCAUACCAUGAGGUUCAGAAUCCCACUGGAAUCAUUCAAAUGGGUCUUGCAGAAAAUCAGCUCUCCUUUGAUCUUCUCGAGUCAUGGCUGAAGAAUAACCCGGACGCGGCCGGGUUCAAGAAAGAUGGAGAAUCCAUAUUCAGAGAGCUUGCUCUCUUCCAAGAUUAUCAUGGCCUUCCCGCUUUCAAGAAGGCAAUGGUAGAAUUUAUGGCAGAAAUUAGAGGAAACAAAGUAAGCUUUGAUACAAAAAAUCUGGUACUCACUGCUGGUGCAACUUCGGCCAAUGAGACCCUUAUGUUUUGUUUGGCUGAACCCGGCGAAGCUUUUCUUCUUCCCACUCCAUACUAUCCAGGGUUCGACAGAGAUCUCAAGUGGCGAACCGGGGCUGAAAUUGUACCGAUUCAGUGUACUAGUUCAAAUGGCUUUAAAAUCACUGAAUCGGCUCUCGAAGAAGCUUAUCUACAAGCACAAAAACGCAACCUCAAAGUCAAGGGUGUGUUGGUCACCAAUCCUUCGAAUCCUUUGGGCACUACAAUGACCAGACAUGAGCUUGACCUGCUUGUCACCUUCAUCACUGCAAAAAACAUUCAUUUAAUAAGUGACGAAAUAUAUUCCGGGACUGUUUUUAGCUCGCCCGGCUUCGUUAGCAUCAUGGAGGUUCUGAUAGACAGAAACUGCAUGAAUACCGAAGUUUGGAACCGAGUUCACAUUGUCUACAGUCUUUCCAAAGAUCUCGGGCUUCCCGGUUUUCGAGUUGGUGCAAUUUAUUCCAACGAUGACAUGGUUGUGUCUGCCGCCACAAAGAUGUCCAGCUUCGGAUUGGUUUCUUCUCAAACUCAGUAUCUUCUCUCUGCAAUUCUGUCCGAUAAGAAAUUCACGGCGAAUUACAUUUCCAAGAAUCAAAAGAGGCUUAAAGAACGACACUCAAUGCUCGUCUCCGGCCUCAAAAAUGCCGGUAUCAGCUGCCUCAAGAGCAAUGCUGGCUUGUUUAGCUGGGUAGAUAUGAGACAUCUCUUGAGCUCCAACACUUUUGAAGCAGAAAUAGAGCUUUGGAAGAAAAUUGUGUACAAUGUUGGCCUCAACAUCUCUCCUGGUUCAUCAUGUCAUUGCACUGAACCGGGUUGGUUUCGUGUCUGCUUCGCUAACAUGUCAGCAGACACACUAAACCUCGCGAUGCAGAGGAUUAAAUCCUUCGUCAACUCCACCACCACCACCAACAACAACCGCAGUCAUCACAGACGAAGCAAAACCUCAAUUAGAAAGUCACUCACCAAGUGGGUUUUUCGGCUAUCCUUCGACGACCGCGAGCCCGAGGAACGAUAGUCCGGUGUCAAUAUAUAUGUUCCGACGAACAAAAGUUCGGUGUCCAUCAUGAACAUAAUAUUGUCCGUUCAUAUUUUUUACUCAAAUUUUCACUGUUGAGUUCUUUUUGUUUUGAUCAUUUAUUAUUGUAAUUUGUAGAAAAAGCGCCACUCGGUCCAUGUGGAUUCGAAGUGAUGACUUCAUCUUCAUUUGUACAAGUUGCAGUUCCUCCAUUAAAACACCUUGAAUUGUUAUAAUUUUUAUUUCAUUUUUUUUUUUCUUUCUCUAUAUCACUUAAAAUUGACACGUGUUCCCUAUAAACUUAAAUCCAGUUUUAUUAAUUA